AUGGGUAUUCUUAGCAAGAAAAUAUUGGUUGAUCUUAGAAUACCGCUAUAUGAUACCUUAACGGGUUAUGUGUGGGUUCAGGUGAGGAACGAGUACGGCUUGGGAGAGCCAGAGCUGUACGGAGAAGCGAACAGAGAAGAUCCGAAAGCAGUGGUUGAUGGAGUAGCUGUGGCUGGACUUGUUGGGAUCUUGCGACAGUUAGGCGACCUCUCUGAAUUUGUGGCAGAGGUUUUUCAUGGCAUACAGGAGCAAGUGAUGAGUACAUCUUCUAGAAGCCAUAAAAUGGUUGUUCGUGUACAACGCAUUGAAGCUGCACUUGUUCCACUUGAGAAGGUCGUGUUGGCCCUAAAAAGCCACUUACAUUUUGCUUACAGAGCUGGUUGUAACUGGCAUUCUCAUCUCCAAAAUGAGCAAAAUCACUUUAUUUACGGUGACUUGCCAAACUGUAUUAUGGAUUCCUAUGAAGAAUGUAGUGAUCCACCACGUCUUCAGUUGCUUGACAAAUUCGACACUGGUGGCCCAGGAUCUUGCUUAAAAAGAUACUCGGAUCCUACCUACUUUAGGAGAGCAUCAGCCAACUCUAGAGAAGCAAAUGUUGAGAAAGUCUCAAAAGAUAGGAAGGCUUGUAGAAGCAAGACAAAGAGAAACCAAUCAAAUUAUUUUGAUGCAAGAACUAGGUCAGGCCACAUAGAACAUGAACCUAAGGAAUCAUCCUUUUCUAGUUCAAGGAUGCAUCAGACUGUUGAUUCAGCUUUCGUUGGUAAGCGUAACAGAGAUGUAGAUGAUGAUAUUCCAAGCAGUUUAUUGCAAGAACAAACUGGCCCCAAAUAUGAAGCUGAUUUAGAUGGCCAAACCAAACAAGAGGUGGAGCGAUCUUCCAAUUUCAGUGAUGACAGAACUCAAUAUGGAGUGCAUGGGGUACAUGAUUUGGACCUUCAACCAUCAAACUUGGAAUCUCAAACUGCGACUUACAAUUCCUCAAACAAAAUGACAUCCUUUGAUAAACCUAACUCUUUCUCCUUAGAGUCUUAUGCCUAUGAAGAGUCACCUCAAAUGACAGGAGAAUCUUCUAAUACUGGCAAUUCUCUCGGUUUGGACUUCUGUGGAAAGCAUAGCAUCCUUAAUGCCUCAAAUGUAGAAUCUGAUGUCAUCAAUUUACCAUACUCUGUCUCUGCAGAACCCAAUCCACAAGCUUCACCUCCAGAUUUUAAUAUAUUGAAUGCUGUAAGUCAGGAGUCUGUGACCAAAAGUAAAGAUGACACAGUCAGUCUAUCAAGUCAAAGUAAUAGUCUUAAUGGGGAUGUGGGAAAGCCAGAUAAAUUGGUCCAGAGCUCCAAAAGCAUUGAACAGAGUUCUGCUAAAUGCUGCACAUCAUGCCACAAUCGAGAUGGCAUGCCUGAUAAAAAUACUUCCUGGAGAUUUUUGCCAACUGACUUGGACGCCAAACAUGAAAAGUAUGGUGAUUCUGAUCCUAGUAAUAGCUUUAAUGACAACCGUGGGAGUAGUUUGAGUGAAACCAGUACAGUGAUACCUGGGACUGGGCAGGCAGCCCUUCCAGGUGUUAAAGCCAUAUCUACUGAAGCUAGUCAGAGGGAUGGUGAAAAUGCAUCUCAGAUGUUUGGACUUAGCAGUAGAAUCCUUGUAAAUGGUUUUCAAAGAAAUGUAUCACUUGUCCAUGAUGAGAAGUCUGAACCUUCUAGCUCUAGGAAAACUGAUGUUUUUGAGCAGAAGAGCCAGAACCGAAGUGUUGCAUAUUGAACAUUUUCCGAGAGAACUUUCAAGGGGUAUUUUGAGAAUGGGUCUCCUUUAAAUUCACCUUCUUCUUCACCACCACUUCAACCUAUGAAGAUAUCUUUCCAACCUAUGAAUCGCUUUGAGACCAAACUAAAACUGAAAUUUCCUGAUGGGAGUUAUAGUCAUGACAGCAGUAGAGAUAUGCUACCUUCAUUUCAAUUUGUCCCAGAUCCUGCUUUGCCACAAUAUGACAUUGGUUCAGACUCUGACGAUGACACAUUUGGUAGAUCAUCUCGGUAUAUGUCUGAUGAUUGUGUUAGUCAUCACUCUGAGUCAAAUUCUGAUCAGUGGGAAUCUGAUUAUACUCCCCCAAGAAAGGACAAUGGGCUUUAACAAGCUUUAUGCAGAAUCUCAUCAAUAGAAUCUGUUUCAAGGUCUCUGGAGCUCAAGGGAACAGGAUGUGGAAGCAUCGAUGUUUAUGGACUUCAGAGUCCAUAUGCUGAAAAUUGUCUGGAACCUUGUCUGUCCGGUCGCUCACUUGAUCUUCCAAGUUUGAGCACUCUAAACCAUUUAUUUUAGCAAGAAAUAAAAAUUAACUCUGAUGGAAAGGAUUUGCCAGAGUUGCACUUUCCUAUGGAGCCUACACCACCACCUCUCCCUCCAUUACGAUGGCGGGUUAUGAAAAUCCUUUCAGGUGUGACAAUCGGUAAACAAGGUUCUAUAUCUGACACCCUGAACCAUGCAUUUGAUAGAAAGAUUUUGGGAUCUACCAUCUCUUCGCAAUCUAUUCCAAGCCUAAUGAAGCAACAGCAAAAUACUGACAAGGCCAUUGCAUUCACACCAAAGAGCAAGCCAGAGUGGCAGAAAUCAAAUGGACAGAAACAAGUUAAUCGGGCUGUAAAUGGCCAGGGCAUUGAUGAAAUGGAAGAUUUUCUGCAUCAGAUUAGAACAAAAUCCUUUAGCUUGAGGCGCACCAAGACAGAAAAACUUACUGUUACACCUGGGCCAACUUCCAGUAUCGAAGUCACAGCAAUUUUAAAGAAGGCAAAUGCAAUUCACCAGGCUGUUGGGAGCGAUGAUGGAGAAGAUGAUGAUAAUUGGAGCAACAUUUGAUUUCCCUCGGACGCUAUUAGAAGCCAUCCUCUUGUAACCAUUAAUUUUCUGAAGUUGAUGAGGUCCUGUUAUGAUGUGUAUAUAUAUAUGUGAAUAAUCUUUGCUCCUGUGUAACUAAUGUUUAUUGCUUUUUCCUUGUAUCAUGAUGAGGUUAUUUGCUUCUAUGCUAUUUAUUUUGUAUUGUAUACAGUGUACGAUCUCUAUCCCAUGUAGUUAAUUUAGGCAGUUAUUUCCCCAUGUAGUUAUUUAAAAAAUUAUGUUUGAGAUAUAUGAAUGGCUCUCUUUUUAUGA